CAUUUAUGUCACAUUUGUCACUUUCAGACUUACUAUGGUAUCGUGAUCUGGAUUACGGAAAUGUGAAAUACUAGAUGAUUAUACACAAUACUAAACUAGGUUGCCUCGAAUAUUAUAUAUUGGGCGUGGAGACAAACAUGUUAUGGAGGACAACAUCACGCCCUGUAAGAAAACGCCAACCUGGCAGAACUGUGUACAUUGCCCCAAUCUUCUGUUCAGCACCACCACGGAAUUUGAAAGACACAUUCAAGACAAGCACAGUAUUAAGGAAGGCUCUAUUAUCUUAUGUCAAUAUGGACCUAAUGGGAUUUGUGCCUCGCUGCAGUUUGGAGAUUUACGGAAGGCAGGAUUCAAGUAUCACGUAAGGGAGUACCACCUGUUCGCCAAGGACGAAGUGGAAGAUGACUGGACUUUCUAUUCAUCAUCUCAAAACCUCCCUGCAGUAUUAAAUGAUCCUAACAGAGGAAAGCAGAGUAAUUUUUUUACUAAAAUAUGGGGAGAUGGGUUUGUGGAUAAAGUAGAUAUACAGCCUAGUCCAUAUGUACCAGAAAUAACGUUAUUACAUUUUGAGGCAUAUUGUAAAAGAAUUGUCAGGCGGCAUAGAAGACAUUGCAAACUUAAAGAAAAUCUAGCAGUUAAAGUUAAAACCCCUGUAGUUGAAACGAAUUGUGAGGUUCCUGAGAUAUUCUAUGAACAGACGUUUGAGUUACAUGAUCCAAAUGUGUUUAGCAAAGUUUUUCCAAACCUUGUGGACUCUCAAGACCCAAGUGCGGCUGUCCGGUCCCUGCAGGAAACACUCAGUACAUACCUGGAUUUUAUAGAGAUGAAGAUUUCAAAACAAGUUGCACAGAAAUCUGAUGCAUUUUUCCAUGCUAUGCUGUCACAUGACACUAUUAUGGAGCAAAUGGCCCGGGCAGUGAAGACUGUGCGGUCGACCCGUAACAAUAUUCAUGCAGUGAAAAGCAAUCUAACUGAAAAUCCUUUAAAACUGGUUAGCCUCACAAGGAUAAAUCAAAACUUAAAUAAUGUGCAUGAACUUCUUAAGCUAAUAGGCACAGUCCAGCAAACCCAGCCCAUGAUCCAGCUCCUCUUGAGUACUUCAGACUACGUAGCUGCUUUGGACUUGAUCAGCUCCACGCAAAAAGUGCUUUCCACUCAACUUGCGAGGAUCCAGGCGUUCCGGCAUUUGUCACCCCAGUUGACUGAAAUGAAAAGAUUAAUUCAUAAAAUGUUAAGCAAUGAAUUCCAAAGAUUUAUAGUGACAGAUUUAAAUAGGCCCCCUAAGGACCUCACAGACAUACCAGAAAGGGAUAAAAUUCUGUCUAUAGUUUCUGGGAUACUAAGAUUAAAAGAAUUUGACUUUAUAGAUACUUUUAAAAUGGAGGCUAUGACCACAAUACAGGCUACAAUCAAGCAAUGUGUAAUAGAGAUAGUAUCAGAAAGAGAUGGCAACACGGAGGUGGUUCUUCGAGGAUCUAAUGCAGACAACACGUGGUUAAUGUGCAACGAAAGUAUUGUAUUUCUCCAAAAAGUUACUCCAAACUUAAUUACGCUGUUUAAAAGGAUCUUGUGUUUAAGAGAUUUAGUAUUAGAAAUCAGCCAAAUGGAUGAUGUGACAGGAAAUGGGAGUGAAGAAAUGUGGACCCAUGAAGAGCUCUUAUCUGUAGAAGAAAAGUUGGACAAAAUGAUUGUUUCAUUAUCGGACUACAGCAAUGAAAGAUGUGCCAAUCUCAUCGUCACCAAAUCUGACAAGGACUUGGUGUUCUCGGAUUUGACUCAGUUAUCCAAAUUGUCAACGCUAAUUGAGAAUUUUUCAGACGAGUUAGAAAAAAUGACUGGCCACAACAGCAAUUCAAUGAAAUUAGCACUGAGGAGCUUCGCUAUGAAAUAUGUUCAAAAUUUACAUUCGGACAGAAGAAGUCAACUGACAGUUACGCUCAAUGCUGAACGUUGGAAAAGUGCUGAUGUCCCUGUUGAACUUCAACAGUUAAUUGACAAGAUAUCUAAUUCUAACGAUAUUUCUACAAAACUAUAUGGCACUAUUAAAUCUGAUGGAAAAUUCUUAGUUAUAAAUAAAGAAAAUUAUGCAGUUGUAGGCACUGUGCAACUGUUGAUAAAAAUCCUUCUGGAAUACUGUGAUGCGACGAAGCAGUCUGCAGUCAUCGUCCAGUACUUGAUCCACUGCAUGUUAGAGUUGACUCGACUGUUCAACUCCCGCUGCUGUCAGCUGGUGUUGGGGGCAGGUGCAAUACAGAGUGCCGGGCUGAAAACAAUCUCCACUUCAAACUUAGCAUUAGUAUCCAGGUCUCUGCAGGUUCUACUGUGGCUCUUGCCCAUAAUCAAGGAACAGCUUAGCCGACUACAGUCAAAAGAGGUCUCCAUGAGCGGCUUUGAUAGUAUUCAGAAUGAUAUUGUUAGCCAUAAGCAAGAAAUAGAAAAUAAGAUAUGCCUAAUAGUUAGUAACAUGCUGUGCUCGCAGCUGACCGGCUGGGACGCUAAACCUCCAGUUCCUUCGCAGACAUUCCGAAAUAUUUCUAAACACUUAGUUAAAUUGCAUGAAGCGUUGAUAGAUAUAUUGCCAAUUGAACAAAUAAGAAACAUUUAUAAAAGGGUACAUGAUAAUUUUAAGGAUAAACUGAGAGAGCAGUUGGCGAAGAUGAAUAUUGUGGCAAAUGGCAGUCCGCAGCACGGUGUGGUGACCUCGGAGCUCACCUUCUACCUGCAGACCCUCAAGACGCUGCGGGUCAUCAACGAGAACGACGUUGAAGACAAUAUUUUGUACGAUAUUUGGCUAAACUGAAUGUUAACUGUAUUGAUAAAAUUGAAUUUAUUGAGAGAAAUGCGAAAAUGUAUUGGAAGCUUGGUUAUUUAAAAUGUAUUUAUAAAUAAAUUUAUUAUUAGGAAGCUA